UUUAAUUGUGAUUGUUUUAUCAUGGCUCGUACCAAGCAAACCGCUCGUAAAUCUACCGGAGGAAAAGCUCCUCGUAAGCAACUUGCUACUAAAGCUGCCCGUAAGAGUGCCCCCUCCACCGGUGGUGUGAAAAAACCACAUCGUUACAGACCAGGAACAGUAGCUCUGCGUGAAAUCCGUCGUUACCAAAAAUCCACCGAACUCCUCAUCCGAAAACUGCCUUUCCAGCGUCUUGUUCGUGAAAUUGCUCAGGAUUUUAAAACCGAUUUGCGAUUCCAGAGUGCUGCCAUUGGAGCUUUACAGGAAGCUAGCGAAGCCUACUUGGUUGGUCUUUUCGAAGAUACUAACCUUUGUGCUAUCCAUGCUAAACGUGUUACCAUCAUGCCAAAAGAUAUCCAGUUGGCCCGUCGAAUCCGUGGUGAAAGAGCAUAAAUUCUCUUGAAUUUUACAAACGGUCCUUUUAAGGGCCAAUCACAAAGUAACGGAAGUCUCUUCAUCAUCUCUUAUAUGAUGUGUACCCUUUUUAAGUUUAAACGCAAAUAAACCAUCUUGAAAUUUUUUUCUCUUAGCUGGAAUAUGAAAUUUUUAUCCAUUUUACGAGAAACUAAGUGAAGUGCAACGAACAUUUAUUUUUUUUUAAACCAGACAACACAUUUACCAAAAAAAAGGGUUCGGUGGAAUUUAUUUUGGAUUGUUUUCUUGCCAAUUAUAUAUUAAUGAAAUCUAUUUUUCUGAAUCAGCCAAAUACCAACAUUGGUCAAGUAUGACAAAAGUUUAAGGAGUCGUCUUAGCUGUGCAUUCAAAGACCUUCAUUAUUAAAACAAAACGAAGUUUUCGGCACUACUUAAAUAAGAGGUCCCGAUGCAUCUACUUAAUGAUAUUUUUACUGUGCACACGUUCGGGUUAGU